GCGGGAUUUUGUGUUUUUGCUGCGAGACAUCGCUUCCUCGUUGUAGACCAUACGUUACUAUCAAAAAGUAAAGUCUGGGGUUUAUUUAAGGUUAAGGUGUAAAAAAAAAAAAAAAAGAAAAGAAAGAAUGGCUGAUUGGUCAGACUACCGUAACGAGGAUGACGAAGUUGAGCAAGAAGAAGGAGAAGAAUUUGCAGGAGAAUACAAGAGCAGUGGGCGUGACAGCUUGGUGUUCUUAGUGGAUGCAUCUAAAGAAAUGUUCAUUACGGGAGAAGAUGGAGAACCCUCUAACUUUGACAUGACAAUGCAGUGUGUGCGCAGUGUGUACACCAGUAAAAUCAUAAGUAGUGACCGAGACCUGGUUGCAUUGGUGUUUUAUGGGACUGAGCAGAGCAAGAACCCCAGAAACUCUUUCAAACAUGUCUACGUUUACCAUGAUCUGGAUUCUCCUGGUGCUCGGCGUGUACAGGAAAUCGAUAACCUGAGAGGUGAUAAAGGGGCUCAGCUGGCUGCAGAGAGCAUGGGCAGUGGAGAGACAUCACUCGGAGAUGCUCUGUGGUGCUGUUCAAACUUGUAUAGUGACAUUAAGCUACGGCUGUCUCACAAACGUCUCAUGAUUUUCACCUGCAGAGAUAACCCUCACGAAGGAGACAGAAAUCGAGACAGACAGGCUUGUACUAAGGCUGAUGAUCUUAAAGAGACAGGAGUGGUUAUAGACUUGAUGCACCUUACCAAGUCGGGAGGGUUUGAUGUUUCUCUGUUCUUCUGUGACAUUGUAAGCCCACCUGAAGAUGAGAGCGAGCUUGGGGUGCAGGGCGAACCUUGUGGGAAACUUGAGGAACUACAGAAGAGGGUCAGGGCCCGAGAGAUGCAAAAGAGAGCUCAGAGAAGAAUUACUUUUUCUCUGGGAGAUGAUAUGAAUGUGGCAGUGGGUAUCUACGUGUUGGCCAGAACAGCGAGAAAACCUUCUGCUGUCAAGUUGUACAGAGAUACCAAUGAGCCAGUUCGCACUAAGACUCGUCUCUUCCACGCCCAAAAUGGAAGCCUGCUUCUGCCUAGUGAUACCAAGAAAGCCCAGGUUUAUGGAAACAAGCAGAUUGUUAUGGAGAAGGACGAAGUGGAUGAGAUCAAAAAGUUUGAUGAUCCAGGUCUGGUUCUGAUGGGGUUUAAGCCAAUGGAUCGUUUGAAAUUGCACCAUCAUAUACGACCUUCAUUGUUCGUAUAUCCCGAGGAGGAGCAAGUCACAGGGAGUUCCUGUGUUUUCACCGCUCUGCUGCAAAGAUGUAGUGAAAGAAACCUGUUUGCAUUGUGCAAAUUAACAUCACGACGUAACACUCCACCUCGCUUUGUGGCCUUGGUACCCCAGACAGAAGUUGUGGACAACAGUCAGGUUCAAGUUGCACCACCAGGCUUUCAUGCUAUUUUCCUACCCUAUGCGGAUGAUAUACGCACUCUGGAUGUGCACGAGUGUCCUACAGCCUCUGAUGAACAAGUUAACAAAAUGAAAGAGAUCGUGCACAAACUCCGCUUCAAAUAUAGGAGUGAUGCAUUUGAAAAUCCAGUUCUGCAACAGCAUUAUAGGAAUCUGGAGGCCCUAGCUCUGGAUAUGAUGGCACCUGAAGCUAUUGAAGACUUUACAAUGCCCAAGGUGAAAAUGAUGGAUGAUCGACUUGGUCCUCUAGUUCAGGAAUUCAAAGAUUUGGUCUAUCCAGCGGACUACAACCCUGAAGGCAAGCCAUCAGCCAAACGUAAACCAGCUGAGGCUGGGGGAGGUGUUGACAAGAAACCAAAAGUUGAGAUUUCAGAAGAUGAGCUGCGAGCCCAUGUGGCUAACGGAACUUUGGGCAAGCUGACGGUACCUGUGCUUAAAGAUGCCUGCAAACAAUUUGGAGUACGAACCACAGGAACCAAGAAACAGGAACUCAUAGAUGCUCUGACUGCACAGCUCUCUAAAUAAAUUGUGACAGUAGACAGCUGAAGAUUUUGCCUGAGUUUAUCUGAUACAGUGCCUGAUGCUGACACUUGAUAUGAACAGUUAAGAUGUGUUAAAUAAGGAGUAGUUUUGCUGUUUUAGUAGGUGAAGGAAGUGUUUCCAUACUGCAAAUGCUGUUACAGCAUUUUAAUCUUCACUUACUGUUGUUACACAUUGUUUUAAGGAUUUGUAAAACAGAAAACAAAAACCUUUAAACACUAAUUAAAACUUUUUGUACUGUUUGA